AUGAUGAGUAACGAUCACAAAAACAGAAACAAAGAUAUUGGUGAAAAGGAAACAAUGGAGGUGGAAAAUCCGACUCUGGCUCCAGAAGCCGGCGAGACACCUUCAACCAUCCCUCCAACAUCAGACCAGGAACAGGAAUUGUUGCGGUCUGAUGACGGAGACAGUCGGGAGGCAAUAAGCACCGAAACAAAAAGAAAAAGACUAAGACUAUCAAAGGCUCAAAGAAGGAACCUGAGUCGUCUUAUCAAGAGCGGGAUCUCUCACGAUGCCGAUGCCGCUCUGAAAGAGGUAAUCGGAAAGCAGGCGACUAAAAUCCAGCAGCCAGAGGGGGAUAAAUCCAACUCCGGAGCUGCAGGAAAACGCCUGCGAUCCGACACCACCACUUCAGAACAGGCAAGCAAACGUGCCAGGGCUGGUGCUCCAAGCUACAAGGCUGUUGUUGGGGCGACUAGGCUGGGACUAAUCCCCCCUGAUUACCCCAGCGCAGUAUUCACCAACGAACAGCUGACUAGCCUUCAACAGGCCGUCCUAGAGGCAGUGCAGAACAUGCCAGACGGCAGUCCGCAGGUGCGAUUCCAGGGCUGCACUCAUCGCCCAGGAUGGUUGCAAAUAACCUGUGCCGACGACAGCAGUCUGGUCUGCCUGGAGGGCGCGACAGAGGGCCUUUUAGUGGCAAACCAACAUCGGGCGGUGAAAAACCACCGAAUGAACAGGCCAAAAAACCCUAGGAGGGUAAAUCCAUCCCGGGUAACAACCUGA